CUGGAACCUAGGCUUUUGUCGGUUGGAAAGUCGCACAAUGUCACCAUAUAUGUUGUAGAUCGUUCGUUGAAGAGAUUAUUCUAGUUCAGCGGUUCUACGUUAGUGUAUUAGGGUUUCAACCGUUAGUGUAUUAGGGUUUCAAGUGUUCUGAAAUCGAUAACAAUGGCGAAAGAGGGACCGAACUGGGACGGAUUGCUCAAGUGGAGCCUCGCCCAUUCUGAUGGAACUGGAGCUAAUCGUAAUCUAAGUGAGGAGGAUCGGAGAUGGUUCAUGGAAGCUAUGCAAGCUCAGACGGUUGAUGUAGUUAAGCGGAUGAAAGAGAUUACUCUUGUUAUGCAAACCCCAGAACAAGUCUUGGAAUCUCAAGGAGUCACCCCUGCUGACAUUGAAGAUAUGUUGGAUGAGUUACAGGAGCAUGUAGAGUCUAUUGACAUGGCCAAUGAUCUUCAUUCAAUUGGUGGUUUAGUUCCUCUCCUUGGUUACCUGAGGAACUCACAUGAGAAUAUUCGUGCAAAGGCCGCAGAGGUUGUGACAACCAUUGUCCAGAACAAUCCAAAGAGUCAACAACUUGUCAUGGAAGCAAAUGGCUUAGAGCCUCUCCUUUCCAAUUUUGUUUCAGAUCCAGAUGUUACUGUUCGAACUAAGGCACUUGGAGCUCUCUCCUCUUUAAUCCGACACAACAAACCUGGCAUUGCUGCCUUUCGUCUAGCAAAUGGUUAUGCAGCCCUAAGAGAUGCCUUGGGUUCUGAGAAUGUGAGGUUUCAAAGGAAAGCCUUGAACUUGAUCCAUUACCUACUGCACGAGAACAGUGCAGAUUGCAGCGUAGUAAACGAGCUAGGGUUUCCUCGCUUGAUGUUGCACCUUGCCUCCAGUGAAGAUGCAGAGGUACGGGAAGCUGCCCUUAGAGGUCUUCUUGAGGUUGCCAGUGAUAAGACCAUCGAGAAUAGUGGUGGUUUGGACGAGCAAAAUGAGAAAUUGAAACAAAUUCUUGAGGAACGAAUUAAAGGUAUCAGCUCUAUGUCCGCAGAAGAUCUAGGAGCAGCUAAGGAGGAGAGGCAGCUUAUAGAUCAUCUCUGGAAUACCUGUUACAAGGAGCCUUCGUCUCUUCGAGAAAAAGGGCUUCUUGUCCUUCCUGGCGAAGAUGCACCCCCACCUGAUGUUGCCAGCAAACAUUUUGAACCUCCUCUUAGAGCUUGGGCUGCAAACCAGUCUGCUGAUACAAAUUCCAGUACCGAGAAGAAACAAGCUCCCCUAUUAUUGGGCCCUGCACCCGGGGCAGCCAAUGUUCAAGAGACCUCGAAUGCUGAAGCAGACCCAGACGUCCACAGGACUCCUCAAUAGAACUGUAAUAGAGGUCUGGGAGUGAUGAGGUUUAAUUUACUGCCGCCUAUUGUAUUAUAAACUCUGAAGUGUUCUUCCUUAUGCACAUUUGUUCAGGAGGCUUGUUUGUUUCGAAGUCAGUCCUGGAUGAGACCUCAGUUGUUUUUGGGUAUACAUGGGAUGGUGGUAUGGCACAUGAAUUAAUGUUUGAUUAGACAUUCAAGGUUCUAGGGUUUCUGAAUAGCAAGUGCUUGUAAUUUUGGAGAUUAUUUUUUAUCUAUUGUAAUUUUGGAGAUUUCAGUUAUAGCUGGAUCCUCAUGCUUAUCCCC